GGCGGAUCGGGGAAGCGGCGGCCGCGGCUCGGCCCGGGCCCAGCGCAAGGCCCGGGGCGGGGCCGCGGCCUGAGGGCUCUUCCCCGGCAGAGGCAGCCCCCGGGGGCGGCGGGCGGCUUUCCGGGCGGAGGGCUCCGGGCGGGUGCCGGGCCCGCCGGGUCGGUGCCGCCGCCGCGUUACUGCUCAAGCCUCGGCCUGCCCCGAAGCGCUACCGCCGCUUCCCCGCGAGGGCUCCUGUCAGCCUCGGUCGGCGCGGCUGCGAACGGCCCGAGCGCUGGCAGAGCCGGGGGAGCGUGCGUGUGGGGCCUAAGCGGCGAGGAAGGGAAAACCGGCCUUCUAAUAAACUGCACUUACCUAGCAUCCUCUUCUGCUGAAAGUUUUGCCACUCCAGGAUAACAGUGAUUUUGUAACUUACAGCAAUGGAUUAUGGUCUCAGAAGUCCUGUCAUUCUGCAGGAAAGAAAGGUUAAGCAAAACUGGUUUACAAUGCAUCUGUAAAGCAGCAAGAAUUAAGUGGAUUCCAGUCCUGGAAGAGAAGAAACAAAGCACUGGCUAAAGCUAACAGGCAAAGGAAGCAGAACUGAGGAAAGAUUGUCUCUGCUUGCGGAUCAUAAGAGUUUGCAAUGGCAAUGAUCUGGAAAUUCAUGGGAGUAGCGAAGUAUUCUAAAACAGCUUUAUCACCAAAAGUAAAGGUAAGAGGAAUUCCCACCCAUUCAAGGCAUUCUUCAUCCAAGUCUGUACCUUCAGAUUUUGGUGCCAACACACCCUGCUCAAAUACUGUGGAACUGCUUGGUAAAGCUUAUCCUCAAGAUGACUACAGCAAUGUCACAGAAAAGAUUCUUUCCAAGGUGGGGAAGAACUUGCACAACAAAAAGCAUCACCCUUUGUGGCUAAUCAAGGAGCAGGUGAAAGACCACUUUUAUAAACAAUAUAUAGGACGUCGUGGGACUCCGCUCUUUUCUGUCUAUGACGGUCUUUCUCCGGUGGUUACAGUACAGCAGAAUUUUGAUAGUUUGCUUAUCCCACAAACCCAUGCCAGCAGAAGGAAAGAGGAUAACUAUUACUUGAAUCGUGAUCACAUGCUAAGAGCACAUACAUCAGCUCAUCAGUGGGACUUGAUACACUCUGGCCUAGAUGCCUUUCUGGCAGUGGGAGAUGUCUACCGCCGUGAUACAAUUGAUAACACCCACUACCCAGUCUUCCAUCAGAUGGAAGGAGUUCGCCUCUUCUCCUGUCAUGAGUUGUUCUCCAACAUUAAAGAUGGUGAAGGUUUACAGUUGUUUGAGCAAGGUCAUCGCACUGCACACAAGCAAGAGUGUCACACCAUGGAGGCAGUGAGGCUGGUGGAGUUCAACCUGAAGCAAGUGCUCACAAAGCUCAUGACUCACAUCUUUGGUGAUGGACUUCAAGUCAGAUGGGUAGACUGCUACUUCCCGUUUACUCACCCUUCCUUUGAGAUGGAGAUCAACUUCCAAGGAGAAUGGAUGGAGGUCUUGGGCUGCGGGGUCAUGGAGCAACAGCUAGUUAACUCAGCUGGUGCUCAGGAUAAAAUUGGCUGGGCAUUUGGCUUGGGUUUGGAGAGGCUGGCCAUGAUCCUGUACAAUAUCCCUGACAUCCGACUGUUCUGGAGUGAAGACGAACGCUUCUUGAAACAGUUUAUUGUGCCUCACAUUUGGCAAAAAAUAAAAUUCCAGCCACUCAGCAGAUAUCCACCUUUGAUCAAUGACAUCUCCUUUUGGCUGCCUUCUGAGACAUACUCUAAGAAUGAUUUCUAUGAUUUGGCUCGAACCAUUGGUGGAGACCUGAUAGAAAAGGUUGUCCUAGUGGAUGAAUUUACCCAUCCAAAGACAAAGAAGGUCAGCCAUUGCUACCGUAUCAUUUACCGCCACCCGGAGAGGACUUUAACGCAGGACGAGGUGCAUCGCAUCCAUCAAGCUAUUGAGGAAUCAGCAGUUCGAGAACUUGGGGUUGAGGGCAGGUUCUAGCAAUGCUGGUCUGAAGCCCUAAUGACAGUUGCUUUUUCCUUUUUUUUUUUUUUCCCCCAUCUUUUUUUUUUUCUUUUGGGGGUUGGGGGGUACAAGUAGAGAGAGGGGGUUUUUGACUGAACCUAGCACAUGGAAAACGAUUGAUAAAUGGGCAAUGGUAAAACUACCAGAUAAUAAACAUUACUACUGAGAAA